AUGCCUACCAUACUCGUUGUAGGAGCUACUCGCGGCCUGGGUGCGAGCAUCGUAGAAACAUAUGCAGCAGACGCAAACAACCACGUUCUGGCUACAGCGAGGACGUCAGAACCCCCAGAGAAUACAAGCAAUAUCACUUACAUUCCAAACAUCGACCUCGAAUCCCCACAUGCUGGCAGCGACCUCGUCCACUCUCUUGAAUCACACAAGAUACCCCACCUGGAUAUCAUCAUAAUAACAGCAGGCUAUUUUGCAACUGAGUCGCUUAAGGAGCCCUCCUUUUCUGCUCAACAGCGCAUGUAUACAAUAUGCGCCAUCGGUCCUACCACACUCGUAACCGCACUUGCCAACUACAACAGCACACUUCUCGAUGACCGGUCCAAGAUAGUCUUUGUAUCUUCCGAGAGCGGCAGUAUUACACUCAGACAUGAGUCGGAGGGUGGCGGCAACUAUGGCCACCAUGCCAGCAAAGCAGCGCUCAACAUGUGUGCGAAACUAUUAAGCCUGGAUCUGAAAGACCGUGGCAUUGCGAUAGUCACCGUACAUCCAGGCUUCAUGAGGACGGACAUGACUCGUAACGUGGGCUUUGAUAAGUUCUGGGAUGAAGGAGGCGCAGUCACACCAGAUGUCGCUGCGCAGUCGCUUGUGGGAUGGAUUGAACAGUUCGAUAUUAGUCAUACCGGACAGUACUGGGCUCCAAGAGGACCUGCGGACAUUGGCACUGCCGAGCCCGUGUUGGGACCUAAGGACAAGCUGUCGACUCCUCUUCAGCUGCCAUGGUGA